AUGUUGCAGGGGAUUUUGAUAAGUUUAUUUUUAUACUCUUUCGCUAUGUGUUAUCCGCAAUUGUUCGAGGAAAAGAAUUUCAAAAUUGGAAUUGAAUAUGAUCACUCUUUGCCAAUGAGCGGCGGCUCCGACAGAUUCAGGCACAGGAACAACUACGACCCCUUCUUUGUAACUGUCACAGCUUCAGCUAAAAAAGGCUACGUGAUCUCUUACUUGGAGGUAUCAGCGAUAACGGACGCAUCGGGAGAGGUCACCUUCGAGCUGAUUCGAGGUCAGACUGGUUCACGGAACGUAGUCUUCCAGCUGGUGUCCAACCACAGUGACUUCCUCGCGUACUCCUACUUGGCGUACGGCAUCAGUGAAGAGGAGUACAAAAAGGUCGCGAAUGUCAUAUCUCUACCAGUAACAAAUAAAGGCAAUGUACCAGGCUACAGUUUAAGCAUCAUUUUAUUUAGUCUUUUAAUUGCUAAACUUAAUUUAAUGUCAUAA